CAACUAUGGAAGAAAUAUAUAUAAUAAUCUAUAUCUAUACGAAAAACAUGGAAAGCGUUGAAAAAACCCCAUACGCCGAACAUUUUCGAGACGAGAUCAACUAAUCGCCAAACCCCAUCGAAACAUACCCCGUCGAACCAACGUACUAUUGUUACUAACGGUAGUGUGGCAGUGCAUUUUCGAACUUCAGUGAGACUUGUUCAUGUUGUCAAUCAAGUAAAUAAUUAAAUCUACUAAACGUAUUACUAGCCACUUGAUUGAUAGUAAUAGCAGCUCUACGUAUCAGUGUUCGACAGAUAAAAAGCAAGAAAAAAAAAACGUGUACGACAGUGAGAUUACGAUGAUGAUAAUAAUAAUAAGUAAGAUAUAACUAGCAAGUUAUCAAGCCAGAUUGUGCUGUUGGGCAGUGAAACAAAAAGAAGCAAUCCUCACCCAGCCGGCACCUCGACCAACUGAUCGACCCGCAAGCAGCUAUAUAGGCUACCAGGAGAAUACUGAAAGAUCGCAACACUUGCAAAUACUGACUACUGCUGCAGCAUCGGUGGCAACCACACGCCAGCUGCGGCCGCCAGUAGUGGCCAUCUGCCACGAAGGAGACGUUAGGGGCAGGCCCACCAACCACCAGCGCUCAAUGUUAGCAGCAGGACAAGUGCCGCCCUUGGUAUCGCAUGGGACCGCACCGAACCGAAGAUGAUAACAGAUUAUUUAUAGUGCGCUUAAACUAGCCAACGCACUGAAUUUGCUGAGGAGUAUAAAUUGUGUCGGUGCUAGCGGUGAAGGAACAGGUCGAACGGCCCGGUGCAUGGUUUAUCCAUCAUCGUACGGAUGCUCUGCGGAGAGAUGGCGAGAACGACAACCAGGACGGCAGCGUAAUCGAAUGAGGGCUUCCAUAGCGCUCCAGCAACAGCUCGUGUGAGGAGUGCAAGUAUGAGUGGACCACGCACGAAAACCCGAUAUCGUUCAGAGGAGCCUUGGCGCUAGGACAACGGCCAGCAUCAUUACGAAGCCGCGCUAAUAUAACCAACUGUUGUGUGUCCGUGUGCGAGUGUGCGAGAGAGUCGUAAAUAGGUCUGUAUAGAAAACAAGGCGAAGGCGCAAACGCCGAUAUUUACCAGGAGAAGGUAGGGGGCGUUACGCACCCUUAACGCUGACGGCGCCCGCGUAGUGAAAGUCGACAAAAGAAAAACAGCGCAGAAGCAACGGCAAUAGCGACAGGAAUAACAACAAUAACUACGGACAAUAACAAAAAAAAAACACGACAAAAAAGCACGAUGGAAAGUAGGACCUCAAGACGGUAGCCGACAAUGUAAUGAAGCCGGUUCAUAAAAAAGAGGAAGCAGCAGAUGAAGUCGCCGUUUCCGCUAAACGCCCAAAUAAGUUCACCGCCCACUACCGACCUGGUCAAGAAUACGGACAGGCAAAGGGGCGAUUAUACGCUUCUAUUACGAUUGAUGAUACUAAUACGAACGAAAACAGAAGAAGGAAGACAAACCUUCGAAGCAGCAGUGUUGUUGUCGAACAAACCUACCACGGCGACGACACAGAAUAAACUGAGUGCGGAACGACCUGAACUGAGCUACAGGACGAAUGGGAAUCUGAAGAAAAAAGACCUUAUAUAUCGAUAUAUAUAUAUAUGUGUGUGUGUAUAUAUAUAUAUAUAUAUACUGGAGGCAGGCAUCGCUAAAAGGAAAACGAAGUCAUAAAAGACCGAGAAAAGGUUAUGUAUAUUUAUAUCAGAUAGAAAACCUCAUUUCAAUUGAUAUUCGCCUCUCAAGCUAUUGUCCGUUGCUGUCGUAGUGUCGUCUCGUUUCUGGUUCGGGAAUAAUGAAGAUAUCGUAACAACUUCUGAUGCAAUGCUAAUAAAAACAGCGACAGUGGUCUAGUUAAUAUAGUAAACACCUGAGAACCGCAUUACUCGUACGCCGACCCAACAAAUCUGCAGGUUGAAACAACAACGAUAUUAGAAAGCCGUCGCUGGCGCUGUUGCUCAGGCAGCAGCACCAUCGUCUCGUCACGCCUCGACAACGGGUUUACCGCCACCGUAAAAAUCCAGUAAUGCAGUGCUAGUCACUAUUAGAUCUUCGUUUAUCGCUAGUAUAAAUCGAACGACGAUUCAAUUGGCAGGAUAAAGGAAGAAAGAGAAAUAAACAAAAAAAAUAGAAAUCAAUUGGACUGUCUUCCACAGGAAGAAGACAACAAGGGGGACUGGACUACCAGUGAUUGUGAGUGCGUGAUUAUCACCGGCGAUGCGGACUAUUGGUGGUGUGCCCAGUGAGAACUGACCCGGAUUGUGGCGACAGGGUCAAGACGACCACACCGAGGUGAAUACGCCACUCACCACGAGGCCCCGGCCGGUCCAGCAGGCGCCCUGAAUUGGUACACGCGAUAUCAGACCUCGCUGCUAGCACACAGGUUUCGAUCAGCAGCGAAUAUCGGCGUCGGGGCCAUGAUGCAGCCCUCUUACGAGCCCAUUCUCGACUCCAGGUCAAACGCUCCGGUUAGUGUGGGAGGUGUGGUGUCAGUGGACCCGCUGGUCGACGCCGAUAUGGUGUGUGCUACGGGCAGCUUGGUGGCCGGGCUUGGGGCCGCGCUGGGACCCUCGGGUUCAUGUAAGGAGACGUCGGCGCGGGACAUGCUGCGCGUCGGCCAGGCGCUGCACGUCUCCGUCGAGAAGUUCCUCGCACUGGGUGAGGGCAUCGCGCGAGACAGUCCUGAAGCGAAACUGCAGAUGUUCGAGGCGUGUAAGGACGCACGUCUCGCUUCAAAUGUCGUCGAGCAGAUCUGCGACCUACGACCAGGUAUCGACGACGUCCACGAACCUUGCAGAAUGAAGCUGGCUCGCGCGGCCAAGACGCUCCUUUCGAGUGUCACGCGGGUCCUGCUACUUGCGGACACGGUCGUGGUGAAGCAACUGUUAGGCCCAAACAAGGAACACCAGUCGGCUGGGUUGCACCAACAUCAGGCUCCUCUUGGCCUGCAGAUGCAGAUACAGGCCAGCGGGAUCCACCAUCUCCAGGGUCGCCCUGGCAAUCCAGGCAGCCUCAACGAACUCAAUAUCAACACCAGCGCGCUAGAUGCGCUAAAUGGCGCGGCGCUGACGGAUGUGGGGGCGCUAUUGCCGCUGAGUCCUCAUGACCCCCUGCAGAGCGUCACCAACUUCAUCGACUUUGUCAAAGCGUUUAGCCAAUUCGGUGCCGACAUGAUGGAGCUCAUACAAGUCAUCUCUGACCGACAGGCACACGACGAACGCCGAGUUGCGCAGAUGGAUACAGCGCGUUUGUAUCUAGAACGUUCGACUACGAUGCUUCUGCAGGCAGCGAAGACGUGUCUACGGCAUCCGGACUGCGAGUGGGCAAGGGAGAACCGAGACACGGUCUUGUUACAAAUCCGACGAGCUAUUGAUCUUGUGCACUUUGUAAUCAAAGACGGCGUGCUACCUGAACUGUCAACGGCGCGGCGGAGUGGCAGUGCAAGAUCGCGGCCAAGGAAAUCUUCUAAUUCUGCUUCGAAUUGGCGGAUGGAGGAAUUCGACAAAUGCUCAACUACCCAUAACGCACUUAAAAAGUUCCACGGGCUACUAAACAUGAAUAAGCUGGUCCUAAUGGGCCCGCUAUGUAGGGCGCGUUUGUCCAGAAUGCUGGACGCCGUCAUCGAGCGGACCCAGGACUUCACCGAUUCUGCAUACACGACGCACGAGCACCGCGAGAAGAUUCUCCUGCAGUGCGAUAGGCUCAAGCUAGAAAUCAACCAACUUCUUCGGGUCGCCGUCUCACUGAAAGGCGAUCUACCUCAUCAGACGAGCGAGGACCUAGAGACCACUGUUCGACAAACGGCGCAAGCUUCCAAUGACCUGUGGAUUCAACUGCAGGAGACGGCGCUUUGCCACACCGAUGAACUAUUUCGCACACUUGACGAGGGUGAACUAUUGCAGACGCUCAAAAACGCUGCAGUCACAGGCGAGCUCUCUACAAUGGAGCAAUGCGCCGAUCGCUUCGCAGAACAUGCAGAUCACGUUCAAGAGGUGUGUCGAUUGCUAUACCAUAUCGCGACAACGGAACGCCUCCAGGUGCAGGCGAAACAAACAGACGCGUGUCUGCGGGCAGUCUCGCAGCACGUUCUAUCCGCGUGCCAUACGCUGUGUUCUCAUCCGAGCAGCAGCACGGCUAGGGACAACGUCGAUGUGUUUAUGGACAUCUGGCGGUCCCUUGUGGAUGAUUUAGCUUCGAUGAACCGCGAGUGUUCAGCGCUCGCCAUCAAGUCGAUAGCCGACAGCGAACGAGAAAAGGAACAGCUGGUCAGCAGCAUGCAGCAGCAGCAGCAGCAGCAGCAGCAGCAGCAGCAGCAGCAGCAGCAACAGCAACAACAACAACAACAACAGCAGCAGCACGCCAUGUAUAUGUCGCCCCUGCCGCCAGCGAGGGGACACAUGGCGGGAGGCGGGGCACACGGAGUGCCCAUGGGAAGUCAUUCUUUGGGCGUGGGGCCUUUACGUGAGCCUCUUCCAGGGGUGGGGCCUCUGGGAGAGCAGGGCCAUUCGAUGGGCAGUCCGGUACAAGUGAUGAGCAACCUCGGUAACAUGGCGAAUCCCGCCUUAAUGAACGGCGACGGCCGCGUAGCUGGCGUAGGAACGUUAGGAGGAGGGGGAUCUGGAAGACCGCCCGACUUAGCCCCCGGAACAGCGCGGACCAGCCACGUCGCCCAGAUGCCACCGGGGCAGCAGAUCAAGCCCCCGCCACCCGCUCCACCUAUGUCAGGUUUAGAUGGUGGAGAUGUGGGGGGCGGUGAGGCCGGAGUGACGGGAGGCAAGAUCUGCGCGGGCAACUUGGACGCGGAGGACAAGUUGGGCGCCGCCGAAAAUGACAUGGAGGCGACGACGGAGAAGUGGCCACCAAAUGAAAAUGACAUUGUGAAAAGAGCAAAAACCAUAGCUGAGAUGGCACAGUCGAUGUAUCUGUUCACCAAGGGAGAGGGCGAUCUCAAGACCACUCAGGACCUCUUCACACAAGCAGAGUUCUUCGCUGAGGAAGCGAACAAAUCGUACAAAGUAGUGAGGCAGUUCUCAUUUCAGGUACCUAGCGGGCAGCAGAAAAACGAACUCCUGGAGCUCCUCGAUAAGGUGCCGGCCUUCGUCCAGCAGAUUCAGUUUACAGUGAAAACACCGACGGUGGGCAAGGCUGCCACCUACACUAAGGUCGACGUGGUUAUUCAGCAGACGAAGAGUCUCAUGUAUGUUAUCUCUCGAGUGGUCACCACGUGCCUAGUGUGCGCCACCCGAUAUAAUCUCGAUUUCCGUGGUGAUGGAGGUGGUAGAGGAGGUCUUUCCGGCAGUGCCGAAGACAACUACGGUUCAUCCGACUACAGCUCGGGCUUUGUGGACAGCCUCGGAGGCCGAGGCGGAGGACAGGGGGGACAAGGUCUUGGUGGUGGAGGGUCCGCGGACACGAAUAUAUGACAGUUGGGUAUGGGUCCCCGCAAUAGGGGGCCCAAGGGGCAGGGAGAUGGCCGCCGAACUCGCGUGUCUUUUUUACUCUUUUAGGGUCAAAAUCCAAGCGAGACUAGAGUGUUGUACGGACGCUUGGCUUCCUUGAGUCGCUGACGCCGGCCCGCCCUCUAUCCUGGCGGUGCAUUGGUUGUUUAGCCGCGAAACAAGCGCCACCGCUCGUCCUUUGGUCUUGGCUGCCCCUCGGGACUGCCGCUGCGUCAGUCGAAUGCUACUACGAUCACUAUACUCUACUAAUAACGCUACGAAUCCUCAAUGACACCCUACCAUCACGUACUUUACUAGGUACUCGUACCACAACAAUCAAUUGCAGCGACUACUACUGCGCCUACUUUAACUACCACUUCGGAGAAAAAUCUAUACAUGAUUGUGCUAUUACCCAGUUUGUGGGGUACACUGAGUAGGUGACUAAUGCUCACGUAUAAACGUCACUUAAGUAUGUGUGUGAGUGUGUGUGUGUGAGUGCGUGCGUGUGUGUAUAUAUAUAUAAACACAGUCGACCAUGAUGUUUAUCUACCUACAUCAGCGUAUAAACUUAUGUCUGUUGUGUACGCCAGUAUUAUGUAUGCAUGUCAGCGCUGCCGUGCUGGACCUCGGAUGAGCUUCCUCCCUAAAGCCAUUAAAGUUGUUAAAGCUUUUUGGUAAGGGCGAGAUUUCCGUUUGGACCAGCGGUAACGGGAGCAGCAGCUACAGCUAAUCAUAUAUUCUCAUGUGUACACCGUUCUAAUCCAACACACUGGAUCCUUAUUGCGCUCAAUGCGCAUUUACCAUCACAAUGCCAAGGCAUUAUUUCCUGACACACGUGUGUAACAAACAAACAAGCGUAGUAAAAGUAAUAUUAAUAAUAAAACAUCAACAAAAUGCAAGAACAGAAAGUACGCGUUAUUAUUAUCCGAAAAAAGCGAUCACGUGCAGACCAGACAGGAAGAAUGAUACCGACCGUGCACCGAAGUCUACGCGACAAAGUUCCGCAUGUCAAUUCCUUCAUACAAAUACAAGCACCACUGAUUAGUGACCAGCCAUUAUAACUCACUUGAGACGACCAGCUGCACAGUGCAGCAAUAUUUCGCGUGCAGAUAGUCUUCGUUCACCGAACUUUAGACAAACAUAAACAACUUCGUGCACACUUGUACUUUUUACCCCUAUCCCGUGCGACUCAGACCUCAAUUAUAAUAGGGCAACAGGAUGCCGACCGAGAGCCCUGGUCCUAAUCGGUGCUGUGGAAAGCCAGUCCCCAUGCUCAGUGCUACCCGCGCAGAUCUCGUAUGACCUCUGCCUAGCACGACGUUUGUGAGAUGCAUCCCCGAUACAUUUCCACGUCUCUAGAGGUGUUUAAUUGGCGUCUGCACGGCGAGCGUCUGCUAUCCGGGACGACUUGGCGCGCCGUUGCUGGUCAGGGAGCUCGGAGCGGAGAUCGACUGACGCGGUCGCAUAAGAGGAUCGUUCCAGGCGGAUUUUGGCCCUGUCUCCGAAAAUAUCUUCGAGAGACACUUUCAACACUACCUGACUCUGACUAUCGGAGCCGGGACGCUGAGCUGUGUACUCUAUUCGCAGAAUACCUUUUACACUCACAAAUUCUCGAAUUGUGGUAUCGGUAUUUUUUCGCACCACGAUGUCGAGUAUGGAUAUCCCAACGUCAACGAUGCUUGACAGCUUGCAGGAAAGCUCACCCAUUCCGCAGAGUGCUUUGAACACAAACUGUAAACAUUGGAAAUAAUGACAAACAAUGACAUAAGGAAUGAAAUUAUAGGUACUGCACAGUGUAGGUAUAUUGACUGGUAAAAAGUUUAAGGAAUGUUUUAAGUUGGUAUCAAAAUUGGAACUUAUCCGUUUGGUAAACUAUGAAUAUGCUUAAUUAAAAAAACGUGUGUGUGUGUGUAUUUUGUGAAACCCACCUGGGACGGUUGAUGGCUAAUGUUUGUAGGAGCCGAAAAUCUACAGUCUUGUACGGAAUUUAACAAUGGGUUCAAUACAGACUCGCCUAUUUAGCCUUUUCUAAUAUUGUUCUCUGCGAAUAGCUCAGCUUUCCUCACAGCGCUACCCAUUCACCGACCACAGCUAGCUACGUUUUCCGAAUGCACGCUAAAUGCCAUACGGGAAUAAAUCAAUUACUGAAUAACAAAAAAAAUAACAGAUUUUAGCCGUUUAGGCUAAAAAACAAACCGUUUGUAUCUAUAGCAUACUGCACGUACCCACAGACGGAUUUACAGAUGUGCCCGCGUGCUCUUUAUGCAUGUAAGGGAAAUACGACAAAAAAAGAAGCCAAAGUAAGGACUCUACAAACGUAUGGGACAGAUGUCAUUUAUAUUGCCUUAGACACGAUACCAACAGUGUCAAUGGCAUGUAAAGAUAAGCCACAAACAUAUCUUAUGUAUAACAUUAUAUAAAUACUAUACUGUCUGUAUAUAUAUACGAAAUAAUCGAUGAUGUUUGCUAUUACCAGCAGCACCAUAUUCGAACACGUUACAUACAAUUAUUGGACGAUAGCGAUGGUACUUGAAGCUCUACGACGCAAAACAGAGCAAACAAAACCAAAUCCGAAAAUCACAAAACCCAAAAAAUGCCUAGACACACUCAGCGCCUAUUUCGGCUUUAAUAACUCAGAGCAGCACAGCAUUCGCCGCAACAACAAUAACAACAACAGCAACAAUGACCAGCAAAGAUGACAACAAAACAUAAAGUAGCUGACAUUAACGAAAAAAAUGAUCGCAAAUGUAGGAACAUCGGUUUAGCACCUCAACAGCAGCUAUAAAAACAAACCAGCCGAUAAACAAGCGACUCUAGCAACGAAAAGGCAAAGCGAUUUCCUAUUCGUGAUGAUUAAAGGUACAUUUACGACGGAACUAUAAAAACAGUGGAAAAAUACGAGCAGCGAUAGCAUUGCUUUGCACUGCACAAAGAACCACUGUCCGACCAAAAGCAACGACUGAACGAACCAGAUGCAGCUCUAACACCAAGCCACGGGAAAGCUUAAGCACCAGCCGCCGCAGACAGCAGGCAAACAGACCCAGCCAUCAACAAAAAUAGGAAACAAGGUAAAGCCAAGAUGGCGGCAGUAGCAGCAGCAGGCGUUACCGAUCAUCGAUCAUAUGACGAACGGGCGACAGUUCGAAGAUCGUUGAGCCUUCAUCUGAGCUCUCGUAUUGCCAACCAUCAUAAGCUCCGAUUGUGUCAACCGCAACUGCCGACACUGCCUGUCGCUUGCAUGAUAACCGUGACAGAUCAUGUCAAGGCCCUUCAAGAUAGUUCGUGAUGUGCACACGAUGCGGAAGGGGGCAAGACAGGCUUGGCAGCCAAUGGUUCCGGCACAACAACAGAACAACCAAGGAAAGCAUCCGCCACAACACAUCCAGUUUCUCUUCUGGCCCCUUACACCUACUCUAACUAAUUAACUACAACAAACUAGUACACGAACAAGGAUUGUACGUUGUACUCAUAACAUCUUAAUUACAGCUCUAUAACAAUCACUGAUUACCGCUAACUAUUGCUACCACCGUACACACCAGCAAUACCCGCCGCUACAUAUAUUCACACAUGAAAGCAUGCUGCCCUUUUACGUGCUAUUGAUCUAGCACUAAAAUCACCCGCCCUCCGAAGUAGAGUUUGUUUUUCCCCAUCUUUCAACAUGUCUCCGAUUACUAGCCAAAAGCAGAUUUGCAGAGUACCAAAUUUCCAGAUUACCAGCAUUAAACGGACCGUUUCACUUACGAAACGACGCGAAAGGAGCAAAAAACAGGUUAACAACGUUCGAACUACACCUUCAAAUGAAAUACAGACCGAUGUAAUAACGGCAAUGACGGUGUGAUUCAAGAUCAAUAGAGCUUGAUCAACGAGUAAACCAAGAACGAAAUAAAGAAACCCAACAAAAUCAGAUCCUCACAGAAUGCCAACGAUAACAACAACAAACGCAGCAGCUUACGUGCAACGAACGGAAAACGAAGACGCCAUAAGGCAUUAAGUAUACACACUCCCAAAUGUACUACAGGAAUAACAUGCUCAGGCAAUCUCGCAUAACAACUAACGUUUAAGUCAAGGGGCCAAAUCACUUCCCAACCUCUUCUAUCACUUUAUACCACUGCUACAACCCUAUUCCUAUCCACAACUAUUCCAAUUGUCUUCAAUCUGCCAACACUUUAUCGAAGUACUCCACGCUACAAAUAAUAGCUGCUAGAAGCUUGUCUCUAUAAUCGAAGUUUGUUCGUAUUUUUCUUCCUUUCCUUUAUCAACCCCCAUAGAAAGAGAAAACUGCGAUAAUAUGGUUUGUAGCAUAGCAUGGCAUAGCAGAACAGGCGCUAUCUGGCCUCGUUGAAGAUCAUCAUCGUUUAUGCUACGACGAGCGCAGGUUCUGAUCUUCCGAUAAGUAACUCCGAAUUCGUCUUAGACCUAAGCGUAUUUUCUGCGUGCCGCAGCUACACAGAUAAACAUUGAUUUUACUUCAAUUUCUCAACGUUCUCCUUUCUGCUAAACUAUUCCGCCUUGGCGUUCAUACCUUACUUUCUAGCGCUCGAUUUUAUUUAGUGGCACCGCAAGAUGUCUCCCAAUAUAGCAAUGCACCGCAUGAAGGAUAGCAAAAGUAUGAGACGGCGAAAGAAAUGGGCGAAAUGCAUUGAGAUGUAGAGGCGUUCCAUACUCAUUUCGCCGUUCUCAGAUGGGGGAAAAUUGAUCCUUUGGACCGAUCAAAACCAAUUAACCGACGCCAGACUCAAUGCCAUAUUGCUCUUUUUCAACGAUUUCAUCCCAAUUUUCUGGCCAACCAGCGUUGACCGGGGAGGACGGUAUAUUUUCUCGUCUCGAAUGAAGCAGAAAUGCGAAACUAAAUAAGUUAACGAAAAAGCUAUUGUCAGAUAGAUGUCAAGGGACGUUGGCGGGUGUUCGUGAUGACCAGCGUUUCGCUGCACCGAGGUGCUAGUCCUCUUAGCUGUUUUGAAGUCCUCCCCUGGUCGUGUGAAAAGGGCGUACGCCUAGUCACAUGCACCCAUCAGCGAUUCAGCUUGCAGCCGGCAAUGCAAAAUAUUCGAGCUUGCAGUAAACACCGCGCACACCCUUCGCAGACACGACAGAUUGACAACACAUUGUCGAUUGUCCACAAGGAAACACCAAUGCGAAGCAAGCCAAGACAAUAAGUACGAGAUCGACGAAAUCAUCCAAUGAUGACCAACUUGAUGCUAAACGGACCCACAGCACACCGCACCAUGAAUGAAGUCGAAGCUUCAAAUGGAAGAAAUCAUCAACAAAAACUGACAAGCCAGCUGAUCAGCUGCUAGACGUUUGCCGCCGAGAUUCUUCUACUAAACCUCUGAUAAUGAUAUCGGGCAUACGAUUAACUUGGCUGAUUGUUACGAUAGAUAUAUCGACUACUACAUUGUAUCCAUUCGGAACUAAUUGGCAGAUACCUAUGAAAUGGCCUUUUUGGAUAGACAAAAUGAUCACUGUCGAAUGUCAGUCAGACUGAAGUUAUCGCCGGAAACGCAUAACGGCAUCGAUACCAACUUGUAACACAUCUAAUAUCUAAUGGAAGGGUCAGUUUAAUUAAUGAUGCAAAAUGAGUAUCUGUAACCCUUAACAGAUUUCUUUGUACAUUCGUACUUCACCAUUGCUAUCAGGCAUUUAAUACUACCGAAUAAAUGGACAUAAAAACCAGGAACGCUCAUGCGCGCAUGAGCACACUCAUACCGGUCGAUGACUAGAUGCCGUUACGUAAUUGUCCAUCUUGCUUAAAAUCGUCGUGCAAGGUCAGGCCGAAAGAAACCUUUUUUUCUAUGAGCUUUCGCACAUGAUGUGUGUUGUCGCCUAUGUGUUGGUACGCAGCAGAAAUGCGAUCCUGGUUAUUAAAAAAAAAAA